CGCCACGAUGCCCAUGUAUAAGGAUGAGGUCGAUCCGUCACUGCAGGCCCUUGAGUCCCGCCAAGAGGAGAUCUUGAAACGUUUGUAUGAAUUGAAAGCAGCUGUGGACGGGCUCUCGAAGAUGAUUCAGACCCCGGAUGCUGACUUUGACGCGACAAACAUCAUCCAGGCAGAGGAACAUGCUCCGUUAAGUGCCAACGCGGCUGCCCUGGAUAGCUUACUUGGAAAGGACUAUGGUGCGCUGAAGGAUAUUGUGAUCAACGCAAACCCCUCGCUACCUCCGCUGUCCCUGUUGGUCCUCCACAGCCUGCUGUGUGAGCGCUACAAGAUAUUGUCUGCUGUCCACACACACUCGUCGGUGAAGCAUGUGCCAGAACACCUCCUGAAAUGCUUUGGGGAGCAGACGAAGAAGCAAUCGCGUCACCAGUAUCAGUUGGGCUUUACGCUAAUUUGGAAAGAUGUACUGAAGCCCCAGAUGAAAUUCAGCGUUCAAACCAUGUGUCCCAUAGAAGGAGAAGGGAACAUCGCCAGAUUCUUGUUCUCUUUGCUCGGCCAAAAGCACAAUGCUGUGACAGCCACUCUGAUUGAUAGCUGGGUCGAUACAUCCAUCUUCCAGCUGAAAGAAGGGAGCGGCAAAGAGAGGGCCGCGGUUCUGCGAUCCAUGAACACAGCCCUCGGCAAGACAUCCUGGCUGGUGGGAAGUGAACUUACCGUCGCGGACGUUGUGGCCUGGUGUGCGCUGCGGCAGACAGAAAGCACCAACGCUGUCCCCGCCAACGUGCAGAAAUGGCUCAAGUCUUGUGAGAAUCUGGCACCUUUCAACUCUGUUCUCAGGCUGCUAAAAUAA